AUGCUUCCUCCCUGUGACCCCUCAAUUCUUGAGCACAAUCCUCAAUUUAAACGACUAUAUGAGAAUCUAACAACCUCGCUCCUCAAUUCAGAUGCCUCAACGCGUGCUCAAAGCGCGAGCCCAGCCCGUACAGCUGUGGUGGAAGAGCUGAAGCAAUGCCAGACUCAAAAUGCCAAAAAGCGAAUCAAGGAACAAAUGCUCCGGCAAUUGGCCUUCGCCCCAGACACCAACCUCCCGGCGGAGUGCCACGAUAACCUGGCCAUAAUCACCCUCUACCUAGAGACUCCAUCGAGCGCAAUCGAACCCACCACCCCAAAGCCAGAAACCGAACUCAAGAAACCAGACGAAGUACUCACCCUCCUAGCACCGGACAUUGAAGCCUUCUACGCCAACAUCCCAGCCUUCAUCCAACCACUCUCCAAAAACAUCUCAUCUGCCGUUCAAGACCUACGAGCUCUAUCAGCCGUAAACACAGAUCCAGCCACCGCGCCCGACGCAGACGCUCCAACCACACACGCGAACCACAUCGCACGUGCCCGGGCACGCGAUCGCCGAGUCCGGACGUCGAUGGCGCCGGUCCCAUUGCUCUCGUCACAGCUGCAGGCGCGGGUACGUGCGCUGCGCCACACACAGCUGUCCGAGCUGCCGGUUGCUCGGCGGAAUAUGGCUGCUACAGCUGCGGAGGUUGUUGCUGCGCGGGCGCGGGUUUUGGAGCGCACGGUUGUGACCCUGGAGCGGGCGAAGCAUGGGGCUCUGGCGCGCGCGACGAAAGCCAAGGCAGAGCAUUUGGCUGUGCUGGCGCAAGGCGUGGAGGGGAAAUUAGAGGUUACAAAACUGGAGAUUGCGGCUACGCUGUAUACGCCGGAAACACUCGCUGCUCUUGCUCGGUAUAGGCAGCAUCUCAGGCAGACGAAGGAGCGCCUGCAGCACCGUCGGAAGAUGACGAUUCAAGAGUUGAGAGAUUAUGGCGAUGUCGAGGUGUCUGAUCCGGUUGAUAUCGAUGCGGAUGAAGGGACUUUCCCGGAUAUUGCUCGUCGCUAUGGGGUUUUAGCGAGGGAGAUUGAAGAAGUAAAGAUGGAAAUUGCACGAUUAGAGAAAUGA